UGCGUUUGCUACCCACCCAUUCUUUUCUCCCCGUUUGAAUAAUCAUUCUUUUUGUUGAUACUUUGCUACAAUAUCCCUUUUUAUCUGCUUUAGCGGUCACAAACAGCACACUGCCUCAACCCCCUCCUGUUUUGCCUUCUCUUUGUAUCAUAAAGUACUAGCUACAGCAUUCAUUUUUCUCUACCAACUAUUCGCUCUAUAGAGAGCAUUCGCAACAUGAACGAGACCGCGGCCACUGCCUCCGCACAGCCAGGUAUGGGGCGAUUUGCAUACGUGACGUUAGUAACUAGCGACGCAUAUGUCGAGGGCUCCCUUGUACUUCUACACUCUCUUCGGCAAACAAUGACUUCUCACAGCAUCAUCUGUCUGGCCACGCCGUACCAACUCAGCGAGCACUCCAUGGAGCGGCUGCGGCAUCAUUUUGACGGUGUCAUCGAGACAGACGUGCGGUUAUCCUCUGAUAGCCAGGGGCUAGAGCUUUUGGGUCGUCCGGAUCUGCAGAGCACUUUGACAAAGAUUCAGCUGUGGGAUCCGGCAUUGUUUGGUGCCUGGCAUGCAUUGUGUUAUUUGGACGCGGAUACGCUGGUGCGCCAGUCUAUUGAUGAUUUAUUUUCUCGGUAUUACGACUGGCGCGGGGACUUUCCGGGGUGGAGAGACGGGGGUCUUGUUGCCGCGUCGCCAGACACUGGGUGGCCUGAUUGUUUCAACUCGGGUGUGCUCUUGCUGGCACCCGGAUAUGGCUGCUACAGAGACCUUGUCAGCCGUGCGAGUAGUGCUUCGGCCAGCUUUGACGGCGCCGACCAAGGUCUUUUGAACGAGCAGUUUGCCGACUGGUCCACAUCGCAGCCCUACCGCCGCCUGCCCUUCCUCUAUAACGCCACGGCCAACGUGUACUACACAUACAAGCCGGCAUUGCAACGCUUUGGUAGCGACGUGCGUGUGGUCCACUUUAUCGGGGUAUCCAAGCCUUGGCACUGGGAGCGCACACCGGGCGGCCAGCUUAUAUCUGAUCCGUCGUCCUCUGAGCGCUGGAAGCAGCUCGUGAAUCUAUGGUGGAACAUCCACGACGAGUACGUAUCUGGUUGGAGCUAUUGGCGCGGCCCGUAUGACAAGGGUGUGGCAUUUGGUCGAGGCUACCACCACAUUACCCAGCCGCCUGUUUCUGCAGAGCAGUUGGUGACCAAGGCGCAGAGCGGUGGCAGAGACGAAGACAAUCAUUCUGGUCUCACGGCUAUUGCCUCGCCAGACCACAGGCAUGUGCUUCCGCAGGAGGUUUCAGACUGGGACAAGGACUGGUCAUGGGCUGCCAAACGUGUACACCCACUUGACUACACGUAUCUGACCUUGCAUGCGUCUGCCCCCCAAACUUCUGACUUGCAGAAGCAGUCUGACCAGCAGGAUCAACCCGACCAGAAGCAGCAGUUUAAUCAAAAGCAGAGGGACCAUGGUCACGGCAUCAGCAGCCUACAAGACCAAAGCCAAGACCAGAGCCAUGUUUACAAACUAGUCCAUGAUCACAGCCACAGCCAUAGCCACCCACAUGUCAUUAAGGCAAGGGAUGACCAGCAGUACUCUGAGCCGCCGAAGCCACCUGCGUGGAUACAGUCACAGCGGCCUUGGGAGGAUAUGGCACGCGAGGGCUGGCUCCACCACGAGGAAUUCAAGCCACAUUCGUAUGAUCAGGCGUACAUUGAACGUCACAUAGUUGAACAGCCGCAAAACUACGAGGACCACGACCACUACGACCACCACGACCAUCACGAGCAGCCGCAAUUUUACGAUCGCAAUCCUCACCACGAUUAUGUUCACUAUCAGCCGCCCCAACACGAGCCUCAGAAUCAGCCCCAACACCAGCAUCAGUAUCAGCUGCAACAGCAGCUGCAGCAUCAGCAGCUGCAGCAUCAGCAUCAGGACUGGUCCCAGCCUUGGCAGCACCAUCCUCACAAAUGCGCGCCCCAGAAAGACAAUCAGUGCAAUCAGCAGCAACAACCGCAGCAGCAUUGGCACCAGUAUCAUGAUAUGCAUAAUUGGAACCACAGCCCAUUGCACGGUCAGCAUGAACAGGAGCAGUGCUACAUGCCGAUGCCACAGCCCAAUAAUCGGCCUCUGCAUGAGGCAACCCAGGUCAUUCUGCAGCCACAUGCGCAUGUCAGCACCAAAGAACAUACCCACCAGCCGCCGCCUCGUGUGCAUCGGUCGUCCAGUGCGCGCAGUAACACAGGCAGCUCUCCGAUCUACUACCCACAGCCAAAAUCGCCUUUGAUUGUCAAUCCUGUCGCGCUGUGGGAAUCGGGCGAGGAGCAGGCCCGUCGCAGGGCUUGGGCACAACAAGUGAUGGCGCAGCCCAUCGAGCAACAGCAGUCUGACUUUGGAAAUUCAGUUGUCAGCAGCAGCAUCAGUGGCGGCGGCGGCGGCGGCGGCAUAUCAUGGCCCACUGCCCCCCCGACUUCCGACCUGCGUGUACCUCCAUCGUCAAUGGAUCACAUUGAUAGCAGUCAGCUGCCCCCAGAAAUUCCGUGGAAAAUAGGACAUGUUCGUCAACGACAGUCUAGUGAAGCCGCUGCUGCCACUGCCGCUGUCACUGCCACUGCUAACGCAAAUGCUAAUGCAGAUGUGUCGAUUCCGCCGCAAAUGAACAUGCAAUUCAAGGAGGGCAUUGCUGGCGACAAUAAUGCGCGCGAUGCCGCGGGGCAGCUACUGCAGCGGUGGAACGAGGCAGUCAUUGCUCGCAAUAUCCGGUCCCAGUUUAGUGACGUUAGUCCUGACCUCAUAUCCCACUCGCUGGCCAAAGUCGAGCGAGGUACCGACGCUAUCAGACUUGAGACCACGGUCUCCUGCGAGGCAGAGGACUCGAGGGGCGAGCGGACGGUAUACAGAUUCACGUUGAGUUCUACACUUGAUGUUGGCGGGCCCCAAGCCACGCCCUUGCUGACGCCAUUGGCUUCUAUGCCGCAAAGGCAUCCUACUCUCCAGAAUAUUGUUCCGGUGGCAGCUGCGCCGAAGACCCCGCAUAUGUACCCGCACAGCAUCAGUGGCUCUGAAAUUGUGUCAGCCCCGCACACAUAUUCGACGAAUGUCACGGAUAUGCACCAGCCGCAAAACUACCGAGAGCCCGCGAUAUCGCGGCGGUCGAGUUAUGUUCAGCUUCCGCCAAACUCUGUGCGAGCCCCACAUAUGGCACUUCGCGGCAGCUUGGAGGACCACGAUCAGUUUGCCGAAGCGGAUUCCCGGUACUGGAAGCUGCAGCGCCGGUUGAUUAAUUUGGAAUUGAGCCAGCGCCAACGUGAUGACAAUUUGCAAGAGGUUCUUGGAAUCGCGCCGGCCAACGACAGGCACAGCGGCCGCAGCGGAUGGCACAAGCAAGACGCAAGAAAAAAUGAUUUGACAUCACCUCCCACGCCAACUACCAAUGCGCAAGCGCUCGAGUUUGGCAACCAGCCUGUCCGCCGUUAUGUACGUCGCUCUUCGGCGUUUACCAUUGCGGAUCCGUCAAGCAUGCAGCAACAGGAGAAGGAACCCACUGUCACCGCUGAGAGUACUAAAAGCAACAAAUCACAUUCUUACUCGGUAACAAAUCACAGCGACCGCCUAGCUACAAUUGAGCCGAAUAAGUUAGCCGACACGUCUGCCAGUGGACUGAUAUCGCCAGGACUUCCCAAACGCAGCAGGUCACACUCUGCAUUGCGCCGAAUUGCCGUCGAGAAUAGCACGCAGGCAGUUAUCUUGCCCCAGGGUCCUGUCCUUUUGGGGGAUGCUGCGCCUGCUCGACCGAUGGUUAAUACGGCGCCGCCAUCGACAGGCAUUGUAUUUCCCAGUGUCGAGGGCGAGGACAAUGUCAAUGGAAGUGGUAAUGACGACAACAAUAGCAGUGGUGACACCCAAUUUGCUUCGGCCAUUGGUAGAGCACCCACUCCAUAUCCUCGGGACCGACUGAAGAGCCAAAGCGCUGACAGGAGCUCAGGUUUUGAGGAUAGCGCUGCAGGAAAGCGGCGCUCUGUUCCAAAGCCGCUACACAUUGAGUCUAGAGACAGCGGGUUUGAGCCCACACGGUUCGACAUGUCGCCAGCAUCUGCAGGUACGCCCAUGACGCCCGGCCGCCAAAAGCUCAAGCCGCAGAUUAAUUGGGGAGAUGAUGACAGCCACACUAUCCCUUCGGCCGAUGACAUGUCCCUCGAUGCGCAGUGGCUGCGAAUUAUCAGCGGAGCGCCACCGCUUAGAGCACCAAUUGCACCGGCCAAACCUACGGCGACAGCUGAAAACACGACUGACUCCAAUGUUGUUUUAGUCGCAGAACAAUUAUUUGAAGAUACGCCUGUGGUUGACCGCCCGGAAACACCCAUUGAAAUCAACCUGGAAGAAAUGGCCACUGCCACUAGAGAGAGCCUCAAAAACAUUGGCCGUGGCAGCCCACUUGAACAGACAGUAGCCACGUAUUGCAAAAAGCAGCCCGAACAGCCGGCACCAAGCACACGCGCACCACCACACGAGUUGCACUCGACCAAAAGCUUUCUCAGCCUGACAUCCAAAGUGUUUGACACGGUGAGCGACUCGGAGGCUGACCCGAGCGAGAUCGAGCUGCAGGAGCGGUUCUGGGCACGCGCGAUGAAGCAGCAAAAAUCUGGCGUCUCCACGCCUUAUACGCCAGGCCGUCGCAAGUCACAAGUUGGAGUGCCUAGCGCAAUUUCGCCGCAGGAUCUGGAAGAGUGGAUGCAAUGGCAAGGCAACCAUGGCCUGGACACUAGCAGACGAUCCGAGGAAAGGAAAGCCAGCGGACCAGGCGGUUAUGUCAAUCAGCAAAUUGGUGGCCUGGAUCUGAUAACUCCACCCACGUCCAAAGACCGCACGGGUUUAAGUAUUCCUGCUGCUGCUGCUGUAUUUGAUAAAAACGACAGCGCUUAUCAGUCCGGCAGUCUCGACAUGCAGCGCACGCGCGGUAGCUUUCCAGAUGACAUUGUGAACAAUGGGUCAGACGCAGACAGCAGCUGCGACAGUUGCCUUGCCGAUUGUGAAGACGAAUCUGAUGGCCGUGUUCAAGAGGAACAGGUCGCCCAAGUUUAAGCAUGUCACAGUCGCUGCUUCUGCUUCUGCUGGCCUACCUGUCUACUUUUAUUUUUAAAUAACAAUUUUACGAUAUUAAUUUUACUAGCAAAGAAUAGAUUGUGUUUAGAUUA